AGUUUCUGCAACCAUUGUGGGAACAAUCGGCAGUGAGUGGGGUAAUUAUGCAGUGAGAUUGUGAACAAGCAAAAAUCAACAAAACCCUAAUUUAGGGGUUCCAAUGAGAAUAUAAAAGAAAUAGACCGGAUAGGAGACCAGCUCGGGGUCAGGCAAUGUCGAAAGGUCUUUGCAGAUCGACGACAAGGGAGUGGGCUCUCGAAUGACGUAGAAGAUUCGCAACCAAGGAAAUACUGGUCUUAGGUGAAUAGACAAGUGAGACGCAAGAUGAGGAGUCGAAGGAAGAGGAGAAAUAGUUAAGGAGAUGCCAAAGGCGAGUAAGUCAGCAUUGAGAGAAUGGAGACUUGAAGGAAGGCAGAAGGUGGCUUCAUGUAUCAUGCAGCGAGACGGCGGCAUUCAGGUGACGACAGACCAGUCCCGAUGGAGAAGCGCUGUGACGUGUGACGUUGACCGCAUAGGCCCUCCUCCAAUCGAAGCUUCGAGAAGCUUCGAUCCUCACUGGUCCGUACCUUUUUACUCCGCCUUAGAUACAGGAGAAAUCAUAUCGUCUUUAUUUGACAGGUCAGCUCAAUCGAUUUGCCCCGUCCAGUUCGAGCAAGCAUGUAUGCAGCCCCGGAGGUUCCGUUGCAUAGUCCCCUCAGGCCGGAAUUCGAUGGCAAGUCAUCAAUCACUGGCUCGGACGGGAACUUUCCAGUUCUGGUCUAGUGUGCUGACGCCCAUUCCGGGAAGCCCCACUCUUAGGUUUCCACAUGAUCCAGCCAGUCUGAUGUAAUCUUUCGAGAUUCACCUUAUUUAUCAUUCUACGUAGUACCUAUGUAUAUGUAAAAAUAGC